UUUAUACGCACAUUUUCUAUAUAAUGACGCGUUGCUACAUACUGUAUUAACAAAACCGUUUAAUCGAUUAAACAAAACAAAACGAACACUGAAGCCUUGUCAUCCAGUGCCCCCUUGAAUUAUAAUGGCAGCGAUUGAGCCAAUUAAAGAAGAAGACAGCGAUAAAUCGCAACCGACUCCAUCCCGACCGGAAGCAAACAAUGACGCGCGAAAGCCCUGGCUCCGGAUUAACAAGCAUCUGGUCUCGGUUAAAUUACUCAUGCUGUUGUUAUACGGAGGUAUGACGGCCUUAUAUCCUUUCCUAACACUGCAUCUGCGGAGUCUGGGUCUCACAGUGACCGAUGCAGCUGUCAUAUACGCCAUCCUCCCGUUCGUCAGCUACAUUGGUCCACCGUUGUUUGGAUAUGUGGCACACCGCACCGGCAGCGCAAAAAGUGUUCUUAUCCUAAUCAGUCUUAUCAGCAUUGGCGUGCAUGUGUUACUAUGGUUAGCCGUCCCUGUCGUCAUCCCCACUACGAUCACCUAUCAAAAGGUCACGCAGCAAAUCAACACCGAGUUAUACUGCAAAAGUGGGAAAAUAAUUUCAUCACAUGUCUUCCUUUCUCCUGCCAACGAAAUUUGUUCAAUUGCGUCCUUCGAUAACACUUCCGUAACUGCAAACUGCCACGGAAAUACGAGCACUUCUAAUCAAAACAAUGUGCCGAAAAAUCAUUACAUCGUUAAUCCCAUGGAUUUAGUACAGCCAUUUGAGAAUAAAACAUUGUCGGAUCACUGCAAAAUGCCAAACCAGGAGAAAAUCUUUUGUGAAAUUCGCUCCAGUUUUGUGCUAUCAUGCAAUAAAAGUGAAUCGAGAUUUUCAAGCCGUAUGACGACCUUUCUCAUAUACCUCACACUGCGUAUUGCGGCAACAGUUUGUAUCAAUACGGUGUUCUCGGCUCUGGAUGCCACAGCUUACCGGCUAACAGAGGAAUAUGCAGGCGAUUUGAGAUUUCAAAGAACAUUUUCCCUUCUGGGAGUCUGUAUUUUUCCUGCCAUUUCCGGGUGGAUGAUUGGUGGAGUUAGCGAUCCUGACAGCGCUGCGGAUUACUCGCCGGCGUUUAAUAUUUACUGCGCGGCCCAUGCUUUGGCUACCGUUAUCGUAUGUUUUAUGAGUGUUCCUCUUCCGCAAAAAACAGAAAUCAUUUGGGCAAAUGUACGGCGAGUUUUGGAAAAUCCCCGAAUCUGUGGAUUCGUUUUUAUGGUAUUCUAUGCUGGCUGCGCUUGGGGAUUCCUGGAGAGCUAUCUGUUUUUGUUCAUGGAUUAUAUUGGCUCCCCAAAAUGGUUGCUCGGUCUGACCAACACAGUUUCGGCUGUGUCGGCGAUUCCGCUUAUUGCUGCUUCCACCAUUAUCGUCAAAUACGUUGGCCAUACCAACCUAAUUAUCUGCUGCGUUAUGCUGUACGGAUGCCGAUUUAUCGCUUAUUCCUUCAUCAGCAAUGCUUUGUUGGUGUUGCCGGUGGAAAUCUUGGAGGCCUUCACGACUACAUUGCUGUGGGUGGUCAUUUCCGUGUAUUGUGGCAAAAUCGCGCCGGCCUAUUUGGCUACAAUACAAGGCAUUAGUGCCAGCGCACAUAAUGCUUUCGGACGAAGUGUCGGUAGUUUGGUUGGAGGAAUACUUUUCGAACAAUUUGGUGCACGACUGACGUACCAAAUAUUUGGAGGCGUAUCCUUUGGUGUGGGUUGCGCUUAUGCUACUUUGUUCUAUUCCUGUCUUCGAAAACUUCCGUAUAUGAGGCCGGAAACAAUAGUGCAACAUGGUGAAAAGACAAGCACUCCCGGUGCCGAAUGCGAACUAAUUAAUUUGGAUGAGAGCGAACAUCUACGACAAUUAGCGAAAAUGGAUGCUUUUUCUCGGCGGUAUAGCUUGGGUGUUCCGCGCGUGACCCCACGAUGUUCCCGCGCUGAUCUGCGCUGGAGCCCGAGGAUAUCCCGUUCAACGGACAAUCGUCCACCCCGAAUAAAACCAGCGAGGGCCAGGAAAGACAGUCAGCGCAAGAUUUCCCAACUGAGCAAGGAAGACGAGGAAGAUUUACAAAAGUUCGCCCGGAUGGACGCAUUUACCAGGCGUUACAGCACGGCUAUGGUUGUUUUGGAUAAGAGUACUAAACAAAGCCGUCAGGGAUCUGUCGCGGAAUCGUCACAACGAUUAGACGUGGCAAAACCUCGAAAAUCUUCCUUGCGUGUUACCAUUGUUUAUUAAAAAAUGUUCAAGAUAUAAUACUAGUAUCUGCAAAUGUGACUUAAUUAAUUUUUCUUAUGAUCUUUAGAUUGGCGUGGCUUGUCCCAGCUGCACAUAAGCACAAAUAUAUCAAGUUUAAUCUGUGUAACGAAACCGGGCGCUUUAGUAUUUGCCACUUUUAUUUCGAUCUUUUGCUUCGUUUUUGCAUUUUUGAUAGUUGCUCAUGCAUAAUUAGUGGCAACCUGUGUGUUUCGCAAAAACAACAUUUUGCAUAAAAAUCUCCUGUACCCAGACCAAUUAAUUAAAACCGGUAAAAAGCAGUGCGUGAAAGCUGGAGAAGCGUAAAUUUAGUGAUUUAUUUGGAGUACAUGGUUUCGGUGAUCCAGUCGAGUACGUGAGCAGUGCGACCGUAGACGCCAGGGUAACCAGCCUGAGCGCAGCCACUGUAAGAACACCAAUUCAUUAAAUACAUGCACAACUGCUCC